GACGACGCGCAGCCCCAACGCUGUCUCAUAUCGAAUCCUGUCUACGCGCCCGGCUGGUCUUGGAUACCCACCGGCUCUCCGCAAGCGCUCUUGUUUUCGUUUGUCUUAUUGGGAAACAGUUGAAGCCCUUCCCUCAGCUACCGCACCUCCGUCCACUCCGCUUUACCGACUAGAAAGCCAUAUUAACACGUACACAUUCAGGUCUACGCUACUUCGCGCUCUGGGAGCCUUCAAUCGCGUGGACAUAUUAUUCAUAAGCGAGCAGUUCCCUAAGGACAUUCAAUAUGGCGGACGAGGAGGGCGCUUCUCCUCGCGAGCUGAUUCUCGAGGCAUGCCGCCGUAACAAUACCUCCCUUCUCGAAGAGACUCUCGCAGAGCUUGCUGCCUCCGCAAUAAAAGCCGGAAAGAAGCCUGCCGAGUACAUUGCAGCCACGCUGAACAAGGCAGCUGACGGAGUGGGCAAUGGAUGUUUACAUCUUGCGGCAACAUAUGGAAGCUACGAAGUCCUAGACAUCCUCCUCGACCAAGAAGGCCUCGAGAUCGACGAGAUCGACCGCAUGGAGAAAGACACACCGCUCCACAAAGCCGUUCGCUACGUCAACUCCCUCGACAAGUCCGAAUGGGCCUCCGCAGGCCACCCCAUCGUCGACAUACUGCUCGAUGCAGGCUGCGAUCCCAGGAUACGAAACAAGGCCAAGCUGAAGCCGGUGGAGUUGGUGGAUCCGAGGAAUACAGAGCUCAGGAGCAUGCUGCAGAAGGGCGAGUACGCGAUGACAGCAGCUGGUGAUGUGGUUGAGGAGGAGGAUGACGAGGGACCAACGGGAAGCGCGAGUGAUAGCGAUUAGGACAUCAACAAGGAAUGCAAGGAACCGGGACAGGAUAUGGCUAUGCCACGGAUCAAGUUUCUGGCCUGGAAUGUUCAUUUUGGAGCCUAGGUACUUGGAUACCACCGGUGCGAGACAGCGCCUUGCUUUCCAACAUAGAGCACCCAUCUUCACAUGAGAAUCAGCUUCGAGAGCAUUUCGGUCGCCCGAGUAUAG